AUGGGCCCGGCAACAGGCAAAGAAAAACGCGGUCGGGCGAAGCGAAAACCUCAAAUUUCGGUGCGCAAGCUCCCCAAAGCUGGCUCCAAGUUUAGUCCCAGUUUCCGAGUGGGCGCAUCCCAGGACUUGCCAAUCACGCUCGAUAGCGAUGAUGACGCGCCGACAAACACUCCCCAGCGUCUUGACCCUCGUCGAACGCAUGUCUCACUCGCCGAGCCCAACCUACGAGGUUUCCGCUACGAUGGCACGAGCGAGAGCCCGAGCGCAUUACCGAAUACGUCGCAUGCACCCAUAGGCUUCGUCUUAAGACGCUCCUCACCAAAAUCUAGCGGGCCCGCAAAGGAUCGAUCGCAUGCUGUACCCCAAGAAACACUACAACGAGAUUCUGAUGGCGAUGAAGAGGCGUCACCGAUCCGUAAGCCUGCCACACGAGGCACAAGCCAAAAUCACGCGCUCAAUGGAUGCCGGAAAGAGAGCAAGCCUGGGACUAUCAACAUGAGUCUUAUGGAUAUCGACGACUUCGGUCUGAGAAGUAAAGUCGCUCAGCUAAUGGCUGUAGCACCCGCGCUACCCAUUGUGGACCUCUAUCACCUCAUCAGGGACAGCGAAGGCGAUCUACCGUUGGCCAAGAGACAAGCCAUCAGGAUGAGUGAAGCCCCACAUGCACAGUAUCAACCAGGCUUGGAUGCAGAUGGCGGGGAAGUCAUGGUCAAGAUAGACCCAAAUGAUCCCGCUUUUGAGUGGGAUGACGAUGAACCGCAGCCGGAGUCAGCCGCUACAAUCGCAUCGAGACCACAGUCCAAGCCGAAGAACAAAGCUACAAAGUCAAAGAGUCUACACCAUCAUGCAAAGGCUUUCAAAAGCACGAAGUCAGGUGCGAAACACUGUUCAAACACGAGCGCCAAACGAAUGAAGUCGUCUUCAAUGAACCCUACGCACGCCAGAGAGACGAGCAGCGACCGCGAGUUCGUCGUUCCCGAUAAUACUGUCCAUUACGAUCUCAAUUCUGAUAUCUCUAAUGGCUCCGAUGAGUUUCUUGGUGUUGAGACUGUUGAGGAAAAGGACUAG